AAAUUCUGGAAAUAGAGCCUAACAUUUGCCGAGAUUUUGUUGAAACAUACUCAAUGUGAGAUUUCCACGUUAAAUUAUGCGAGAUAAUAACACCAAGUAGUUUCAGAGAUGAAACACGCAUAAUAUUUAGAGAAAGAAACAGGCUGAUUUUCGACAGUUGGCUGCAGAUUUUUAUAAAUGCAAAUAUUUUUUAUUCAACCUUUCUUCAGCUUUGCUUGUUACAUUUUAGACGUUUUGUAUUUUAUUAAUAAUAAUAUUAAUUUUCUGUUUUAUUAAUUGUGUUUUUAUUAAUAGUCGUUUACCCAUCUGAAUGGUAUAUAGAGUAAAAUACGAUGAUCACGUCAAAAAUUUUGGUAAGCUUUUGUUUGUCUGGGUCUCUUUAGAAUUAUUGACCGUACCGGCUACUUUUUAGACGGUUUACGUGUAGAAAUGCUAACAAUUGGAAAUUGAAAAUAAGAAAGUAACAAGAAAAGAAGAUGAAGCACAAGCUGAUGAUUAUCCAGCUGUACAACGUUCCAUACAAAAGCGUGUUAAACAAUUUGUGGCAAAUGGUUUAGAACCUGGUGAAACAGAAAGACAAUUUGAUAAAACCAAUGCUGUACGUGUUUAUAUAUUAGAAGGAAAUGGAUCAGAUCGAUCACCAAUAUUAAAAAUGAAGUUAGAUGAAAAAAAAAAAACGUUUAUUGUGUUGACUUAUGAUCAAGAAAUACGCACAUCAUUAGAAUUAUUUAUACAAUAUUUAACACAACAUGGUUCAUCAUUAUCAGCUGGUCAAGGUUACAAACAAUUGUAUGAAAAAUAUUAUAUAUCAAAACAAAGAGUUCAAGCAAUCUGGAGAUUGAUCGGUAAUCAUGUAAAACCUGACUCAGAAAUCACUGAUGAUGAUGCAUUGGAUGAUCAAAAAGGUGAACAAACAGAACUAGUUGGUAAAGAACGAGUAUUAUCAGCAUCAGAAAUAAUAACGACAAACGAUGAAGUUAGUGAACCAGAACAUAAAGAAAAAGAAGAGGAAGACAAAGAAAACAAAGAGCAAGAUGAACAAUGCCCACGUUCAGGUGAAUGA